AGUUUCUUUGGAUUCGGUCAAACAGCUGAGGUGUCGAUUGUACUUGCUGAUGCAGAAAACAGAAAACAAGUGGAAGUAAAAUUAGAAGAUGGAAAGCGAGAACAAAUGUAUUUAUAUUAUGAUGGAGAAACUGUAGCAGGAACUGUUAAUGUAAAUUUAAAGUACCCUGGAAAAAAGUUAGAGCAUCAUGGCAUUAAAGUUGAAUUUAUUGGACAAAUUGAACUUUUUUAUGAUCGAGGUAAUCAUCAUGAAUUCACUUCUCUUGUAAAAGAGCUUGUGAAACCUGGUGAACUAUUAAUGAGUGGUUCUUAUAAAUUUGAAUUUGUUAAUGUUGAAAAACCUUACGAAUCAUAUACUGGGACAAAUGUUAGACUUAGGUAUUUUUUAAAAGUAACUAUCAUGAGAAGAAUUGCUGACAUAACACAAGAAUUAGAUAUUGCUGUCCACACACUUUCAACCUAUCCAGAGAUGAAUAACAGCAUAAAGAUGGAGGUAGGCAUAGAAGACUGUUUGCACAUAGAGUUUGAAUACAAUAAAUCUAAGUACCAUUUAAAAGAUGUUAUUGUUGGGAAGAUUUAUUUUUUGCUAGUUCGUAUAAAAAUAAGACAUAUGGAACUAGCAAUUAUUAAACGAGAAAUUGCUGGUACAGGUCCUAAUACAUAUACUGAAAAUGAAACAAUUGCAAAGUACGAAAUAAUGGAUGGUGCACCUGUUAAAGGUGAAUCCAUACCUAUUCGAUUAUUUCUGUCAGGGUAUGAACUAACUCCUACUAUGAAAGAUAUUAAUAAAAAGUUUUCAACACGAUAUUUUUUAAAUCUUGUCCUUAUUGAUGAAGAAGAACGACGUUACUUCAAACAGCAGGAAAUUGUGUUAUGGAGAAAAGGAGAUAUUCCCAAACGACAUAAAAUCGCCGGAUUAGAAGAUAAAUUUGAAAGAAAUUAAUUUAUAAAAUAUAUAAUAAUUAGUUUUAUACGUUUUAUUUUCUAUUUUCAUGUUAAACAAGUUUUUAAAAAAAUCUGGUAAACAAAAAUGAAUCGUUUUGCAUUUUAAGUAUAAUGAAUGUAAAUAAAUAUUUUGAUAUAUGGAGAAAAGGAAAGUUUUCUGAGCCUUCUCUAAAGUUGCUAUUUGUUAGUGUUGUUAAUUGUUUUUUUGUUUUUUUAAAUACACCGUAAAUUAUUCUUUGUUGCCUUUAUUUUUUUAAUUUUAAAAUAAUCACUUAUUUCAAUUUGCUAAUUGUCCAACAAAAAACUUCAGGUUGUAAAAGCAAUAUAGUUUUCUUGCUUUUUAACAUAUAAAAGCAGGAAUGGUGUUCUAUUUUAUAUUGAAAUCUUUUUAUUUUGAUAGUGCGAAAACUGUAGAUUUUAUUGUAUCUAAGGAACCAUAUUUCUUGAAUUGACUUAAAAAUCAUCGAUAAUAUAAUAUUUGAAAA